AUGGACUCAGGGGAUGGCUCUGGUCCAAAACAGAGGAGAACUAGACAACAGUUUUUGAAAUAUUGUGCUGAUUUUACAGAGAAAAGGAACAGGUCUUGUCAAAAUGGUAAUCUUACUCCGUCUUCUUCGCCUUGUUCUGUGAAUAUUGGAAAAGAGGGUGUGAGUUGUGGGAGGAAAAGAAAAAUGGCAGUUUCUGAAGGUGAUAAGAGAAAAAUGGGAAAAUGGUCAGAAGAUGCAAGAAAAUUAAGAAAAGGGAAAAAGAAAGUGGAUAAUGGGAGGAGGAGCAAGUUCAGUCCAGGAACUUGUGAGUCUAUCAUGGAACGGAUUUUCGUCGAGGAAAUACCUGAUGAUGAUGUUACGGAUGAUUCGGAGGAUGAUUCUGAUGAUGUUGAUAUCAUUGAAGAGGAGGAGGGUGUAAAUAAUGAAUCAGGUUCAGGUUGGUGGUCGAAUACGGGCUUAAAGAGUAAUAUGUUGAAUGCAAAAGAUCAGGAGGUUGUUUCAUCUACCUCAAGCAUGUGUGGUAGGACACCGGUGAAAUCAGUGGAAGUGUAUACUGAUAGCACCUCAUCUUCUGAGUCUGAGUCGGAUUCCGAAGCUUCAAGUGAUGAGGAUAAUGAUGACCCUGAAGAUAAGAAUUACAGGUUGAUUGAGUCAUCAAGUUCUAGCCAAUAUGAUGAUGUAAUAAGUGAUUUUGAUGAUACGGAAUCAGAAGAUGAAAAGAAUGAAGAAGGAGAAAAAGAGUCGAAUGAGGGGUUAGUACCUGAGCUUGUUGUUGAGAGUAAAAAGCAGAAGAAAGGCGGAGCAUAUCUUCUUCGUGCACGUUCACUUUCUAUGUCCAAAAAGAAGAAGUUAAACAAUGGAAAUGAUAGUAGUAGCCCAAUUCUUCUUACUGAUGAGGAGGAGUUUGAUGAGGUGGGGUCUGAUGGCGAGGAGUCUAAAUCUGAAGAGGAAUGCGAGGUUGAUGACUCGGUGAAGAAUGUUGUUCAAAAGGAUGUUGUUCGAAAGGAUAGGAGGACUGGAAAGAAGAUUCUUGAAGAUUCUGAAUUUAUGAAGUUUGUUGUUGAUUCUAUCAUAAAUGUUGAUGAUCAUGAUAAACUUACUCCUUUUGAAGAGAAGGAACAGGUUCCUGUCAAGGAAACACUUCCUUUAGUAUUUCGGUUUGAAGACGAGGAUGAACCUCCUCCCCCUGAGAAAGAAGAAUGGGAAAAGGAAGUUGAAAAUCUUUUUGCUGAAAUGCAGAUGUGUAUCUUAGAGUCAGAUAUUGGCUUUACAAAUCCAUCCGUUUCGCCGAUGCAGAGUGGAGAUUUAAGUAACUGUCAGAUGGGAAACCACCAACUUGUUCUAGAUGAACAAAUUGGACUCGCUCAGAGAACUCGAGGGAGGUAUGAAAGAAAACAUUUAGGACAGUCGCCAUCACUCUUGGAUGUUGGUGGCUUCAGAUUUUCUGAUUCUUCUGCAGUCCAAGAUUCUAUGAUUAAUGAAGAAGGAACUGUGUGGGAUUUAGUUCCCCCAAGUGCCAAAUCAACAAUGUAUCCUCAUCAACGUGGUGGAUUUGAGUUUAUGUGGAAAAACGUUGCUGGAGAUAUAAAUCUCGAAAGGCUGAGACAGCCCCUAUCUGAUAGCAAAGGAGGAUGCAUAAUCUCACAUCCACCUGGCACCGGGAAAACCCGUCUCACCAUAGUAUUUCUUCAGUCAUAUUUGAAGCUGUUUCCAAAGUCUCGACCUGUAAUCAUAGCUCCUUCCAGUUUGCUGCUUAACUGGGAAGCUGAGUUCCAGAAAUGGGAGGCUCAGAGAACUCGAGGGAGGUAUGAAAGAAAACAUUUAGGACAGUCGCCAUCACUCUUGGAUGUUGGUGGCUUCAGAUUUUCUGAUUCUUCUGCAGUCCAAGAUUCUAUGAUUAAUGAAGAAGGAACUGUGUGGGAUUUAGUUCCCCCAAGUGCCAAAUCAACAAUGUAUCCUCAUCAACGUGGUGGAUUUGAGUUUAUGUGGAAAAACGUUGCUGGAGAUAUAAAUCUCGAAAGGCUGAGACAGCCCCUAUCUGAUAGCAAAGGAGGAUGCAUAAUCUCACAUCCACCUGGCACCGGGAAAACCCGUCUCACCAUAGUAUUUCUUCAGUCAUAUUUGAAGCUGUUUCCAAAGUCUCGACCUGUAAUCAUAGCUCCUUCCAGUUUGCUGCUUAACUGGGAAGCUGAGUUCCAGAAAUGGGAGGUGGACAUUCCCUUCCACAACUUGAACAGCAAAGAUUUCUCUUUACAGGAAGAUGAAGCUACUGUGAGUGUCUUUCGCUGUUUAUCCCAUGCUGGAAAGAGAAAUCCACACCUUAUACGAAUGGUGAAGCUGGGAUCCUGGGUUAAAGGUAAGAGUGUUUUGGGGAUCAGCUAUGACUUGUUCAGGAUUCUUACUGGAGAUGAUGGAGACGGUUACGCUAAACCGAUUAGAGAAAUCCUUCUUAAAUAUCCUGGUCUUCUGGUCCUUGAAGAAGGGCACACUGCUCGGAAUGAGCAAAGCCUUGUCUGGAAAGCUUUGAAAAAGGUUGAAACAGAGAAGCGCAUAGUUUUGUCUGGAACUCCUUUCCAGAAUAACAUCAAGGAGUUAUACAACACUCUUUGUGUAGUCAGUCCAAAGUUUGCUGCAGAUUUGGAGCAGAAAUGGGUUUCUCUUAGCAGUUCCAUUGACAAGAAUGCCCGAGCAUUGGAAGAGCUUAGGGAUAUUAUUUCACCACUUGUCCAUAAGUGUAGUGAAAAUGUAAAGAAGGUAAGCCUUCCGGGUAUAAGGGACACUGUAAUUCACUUGAAACCCACAGAUUUGCAGAAGGAGUUGCUUAGAAGGAUUCCAGAGAAUCCAAGCUCCUUUUAUGAACAAAAUCUGGUGUCUCUUAUCUCUGUUCAUCCUUCAUUAGUGGCCAAGAGGAAGGAGUUCUCUGACUUAGAAAGUCAGCUAACAGAAAGAGGCUGUCGGUUGGAUCCAGAUACCGGAGUAAAAAUGAAAUUUGUUGUUGAGCUUAUCAGACUUUGCGGUGGGCGGAAGGAGAGGGUUAUAAUAUUUAGCCAGUUACUUGAUCCUCUAAACCUGAUCAAGGAGCAACUCAAUUCUCUCUUUGGCUGGACUUUAGGUCGGGAGAUUCUCUAUAUGGAUGGGAAACUUGAUGUGAAGCAGCGGCAGAUAUCUAUAAAUUCUCUUAAUGACCCUAAGAGUGAUGUAAAAGUGCUUCUUGCAUCCAUAAAAGCCUGUUCAGAAGGAAUAAGUCUGAUAGGGGCCUCAAGAGUGGUUUUGCUUGACGUUCUCUGGAAUCCCUCAGUAGAACAGCAAGCCAUCAGUCGAGCUUACAGGAAUGGGCAGACCAAAUUUGUGCACGUUUACUGUCCAGUAACAUCAAAAUGGGAGGUUGACAAGAUUGAACAGCAGACGAGAAAAAAGUACCAUUCAGAUGUUCUUUUGUCUAGGGAUCAUGAAGCCAAGAUGGAUCCUUCAUGUUCUGUGUCAGAGGAUAACAUACUAGAAUCCAUGGUUGAGCAUGAGGGCCUCCGUCAUAUUUUUGAAAAGCUCUCUCAUGCACCACGUGUGGUGCCGCCUAAUACAGGCCUUGAAUCUCCAAAACCAAGCAGUUAG